CACGCCAGCGUGUUUGUAUUGCUGUGUCACAACCCUGUCAUUUGCUGCGGACUGAUCCAAACUGCACUAGAGCAAGAUGAAGCUCUGGAACACCUGCAGUACAUUGACAGUGUCGCUGCAUGGGGCAGCACAGCAGCAGAAGAUUUUGAGAAAGGGGAGAAACUGGUCCAAAACCUUCUGAAAGCUGGGAUUGUCAUAAAAUGAAGUAAGGUCAAGGGACUUGCACAGGACAUCCAUUGUUUUAGGAAUAAAAUGGCAAGAUGGGCAUCAUCAGAUCCCGGUGGAUGUGAUCAACAAAACAACAAUUAUGUCUUCACUGACUAGCAAAAAGGAAGCACAAGCUUUCUUGGGCAUUGUAAGUUUUUGGAGGAUGCAUAUUCCAAAUUACAGUCUCAUUUUAGGCACAUUUUAUCAAGCAACCCAGAGGAAGAACAAUUUUAACUGGGACCCCAAGCAGCGACAAGCCUUUGAACAAAUUAACCAAGAAAUAGUUCAUGCCUUGGGCCAGUCGGGGCAGUUGAAAAUGUACUCAACACUGCAUCUAGAGAGAAUGGCCGUACCUGGAGUUUUUGGCACAAAGCAGCUGGGAACACUUGAGGCUGACCCCUAGGUUUUUGGGGUUGGGAAUACAGAGGAUCUGAGGACCUGCUACACUCCAAAUGAAAAAGAGAUACUGGCAGCAUGUGAAGGAGUUCGAGCUGCUUUGGAAUUGGUUUAUUCUGAAGUGCAUCUCCUCUUAGCACCCUGACUGCCGGUGCUGGACCGGAUGUUCCAAGAGAGGAUACUCGCUACACAUCAUGCAACUGAUGCUAUGUGGAGUCCAAGAUGGGCCUCUUGGAACACUGGUGUUUUUAUUUGCAUAAGAUGUGCUGGAAUACAUCGAAACCUUGGGGUCCAUAUAUCAAGGGUCAAGUCUGUCAACUUGGACCAAUGGACACCUGAGCAAAUACAGUGCAUGCAAGAAAUGGGAAAUACUAAAGCAAGACUACUCUAUGAAGCAAAUCUACCAGAGAACUUCCGAAGACCUCAAACAGAUCAAGCUGUGGAAUUUUUCAUCAGGGAUAAGUAUGAAAAGAAGAAGUAUUAUGAUAAAAAUGCAGUUAAUGCCUUCAAUAUAUCCUCUUCUGAUGCUGCUCAGCCUUUGGCAUCCUCUCCUUCUCUGCAAGCUGCUACUGAGAAAAGCAAAGCAGAGAAGGAAAAAGAAAAAAAGAAAGAAGAGAAAAAGAGAGAGCGAGAAUUAGAAAAAACAUCAAAGCAAUUAGCUGUUGAAAAGCCACAGAAGAAGGAAGAUCAGCAGUCAGAAACUAAAGCAAGUCCAAAAAAACCAUCAGAACCCACUAUUGACCUUUUAGGACUUGAUGGCCCAGCUGAAGCAUCGGUUACAAAUGAAGGCACUGCUGCUGUCACAGCACUGAAUGAUGACCUGGAUAUCUUUGGUCCAAUGAUCUCUAAUCCUUUACCAGCAGCUGCUGUACCUCCUGCUCAGAGCACUUCCACUAAACCUGCAGCUGCCACCCUGUCUGCGGCAUCCGGGGAUCUUGAUCUGUUCACUGAGCAAACAACAAAAUCUGAAGAGUCAGUGAAGAAACAACUCUCCAAAGACUCCAUCUUAUCGCUCUAUGGCACAGGAACCAUGCAGCAGCCAAAUGCUCCGGGUAUGUUCAUGGGAUCGUCUUCUAUGCCAUUUACCACACAACCGUCAACUCAUUUUCAAGGCUUUCCAGCCAUGGGAGUUCCUGUGCCUGCAGCAACUGGGAUGAUGGGAAACAUGAUGGGACAAUCGGUGCCAGUCAUGGGACAGAGCACAGGUGUGAUGGUAGGAAUGGGAAUGCCCAAUGGAUUUACUGGUGCUACACAAACUGGUGUGAUGGGACUUCCUCAAAAUGUCGUCGGACCUCAAGGUGGAAUGGUGGGACAGAUGGUCACGCCACAGAAUAAGUAUGGAUUGCAGCAAACCCAACAAGCUCAAUGGAACCUCUCUCAGAUGAAUCAGCAAAUGGCUGGAAUGAAUCUCAGCAGUUCCAGCAACGUGAUGGGCUUUGGGCAGCCGCCCAGCACAGCGUCAGGAUGGACUGGAAGCUCCUCUGGUCAGACUCUCAGCACGCAGCUGUGGAAAUGAAAGUAGCGAUAGGAGUCUCGCCCAGAAGAGCCACCUAACAUUCCUUGUUCAGUGCAUCUACUCUCGCUGUUCCUUCCAUGUACAUAUUCUUUUUCUUUUUCCCCAGCUGUUCAGACUAAGAAUAUAACUGACUGACCGUGUUGUGGUCUAUAUUGAUUUGAUGUAGUGAAAAGCAGAUCAAGAAUACAUUUACAUGUCAUUGGCAGCGUUUUCAUACAAUGCAUAUGAUUUCAUAGACCAUAUAUUUAAGAAGAUGCUUAACCACGUACUGAUUUUUUUUCCCUCAAAAUUCUAGAUCAAAUGUUUGCAUAUAAGGGACGUAGCUAUCAUGUUAGUAAUAUCCAAAACUAUGAGCCCCGCCCCCCCCAAAUUACCCAGUAAUCCUGUAGAAGGUACUGUAUGAACAAAUGUUUAAUCAUAUAUAAAUAGAAUGUAAAUGUAUCACUGAGCAAUGUUUUCUAGUGUAUCAAACAAAUUUCGUUUCAUCAUACAUUUCACUGUGAUGUCGUUAUGGUGUGCGUAACAGGGAAUCUAGUUAUCGAAAGAAAGGUAAACCUGGAUGUUACUGUAGUUCUACAAAUCAAUAAGUUUAUUCUUUUAAAAAUGAGCAUUUGAUCCGGUUGAGUUUCCUACGAUAAAGUAUCCGAUCUGGCUCACGAGGCACGUAUACAGUAUUAAUGCUGAGAACGAGCGGCACAAUGUCUGUACAAGGCAACUCAAUGUGAACAGAUCUAUUUUUCCUUGCAGAGAUAUCCAGGUUUAUGACAGUGAUUGUGUUUACAUUUUAUGGUGCCUCGUAAUGAUAAAAUGUUAUUUCCCUAUAUUAAAAGGAUGAAUCCAGAAA